UCUGAUAAGAUUGGAAAUAAAAGUAGCUUAGCUGUGAUUGCCGAUUCAUGACAGUCACGAUUGGACUGACUAAGUGGAUUUACUUAAAAAUGACAAAUAUUAGGACGUUGAUUUCCGUGGUUGUUCUUGUCCAAGCGGCCCUAGCUGCGGACAAAGCAUUCUAUACGAAAUUACGGCAAAAUCCGCAAGAGAAUUUCAGCUGUCUAAUCCUCGAAAAAAAUGAAGAACAAACGUUCAAAGGAUUUGAGACGACGGACAAAAAUGAACUAAAAAUCAUUGUAAAAGCAGCCGUAUCUCCACCAAGUGAAAUGAUGUUAACUUCUACUGACGAUUCAAAAAUUAUCGAGAUUUUCGCUAAGACAUCGAUUGUUGCGGACACAUACAUCGACUCUAUUUGCAAGUCGAAAAAAGUUUUGCCGGCGCAUUCCGUUCAUCGCCAACAAAUUAUGGAAGGUCCGGAAAUUGAAAAGAUUGUUGAUGGAGGUGAUCAAAGUAAUAGAAUCGACGUAGUGUUUAUGGGAGAUGGAUACACAGCCGAUGAACGCGAACAAUUCUUCGGAGAUAUUCGACGAUUAACUGAAGAAAUGUUCAAUGGAGAGACAUUCCGAUCUUAUCUACCACUGUUUAAUAUCUGGGCAAUUUACGUUGAAAGCAAUGAAACUGGUAUCGGCUAUGACGGUGCUAAAGACACUCCAUUCAGACUUUACAGGGAACGAGGCCAGUUAAGAGGAAUUUAUACGGGUAAUGCACAAUAUGCUAGAGAGGUUUGUCGGCUAACGGGUCCUGGAGGUUGUGAUUAUCCGUCAUUAAUUGGAAAUGAUGACUACUAUGGUGGAUUGGGCGGAGAAUUUGUUAUUUCAACGAAAUCAAAUCGAACGGGUACUGUUGUACUCAGGCAUGAAAUGGGUCACAAUUUUGUCAAUGUGGGCGAGGAAUAUGAUAACGGACAAGUCUAUAGCGGUGUUAAUGCCGCAGCUAAUCUUACUAUUGUUGAAAAUAAAUGGGGACAUUGGCUUACGCAUGGAACAGCCAGGGCAGAGCGAGCUAUCUUCCGAUUAUUAGAGUAUCCAUGGGCAGAUCUGGAGCUUGGGCAGCAGAUGUUUACUUUUACGUCGGAUGGACUAUAUUCCCGGUGGUAUCUUGUUGUAUCGGUAAGCGCUGCUGGUGAAGAGGAUUCGCUUGAAUUUGUGCUUGACGGAGAAAUUCUUCCGUGGCAAACUCGCGGAUACGAAGAUCGGGAAUUCUAUGAUUGGUUCGGAGAUGAGGCUCUAUCAGAAGGGGAACAUACCUUUACUGUUCGCUCUAAAACUUCCUACACGCACCCCACCAUCCCCAGAAUGCUUUGCUCUGUGAAUCUUCAUGAAUUUGGUAAUGAAGAUGAGUUCCACAUUGACAAUAGCGUAAUCUCAGCGUAUCCAACUUGGGACGUAAGACGACGCGUGACGUAUCGACCAACGAAUGCCGGAUGUCUUAUGAGAAAUAUGACCCACCACGAACUUUGUUCGGUGUGUAAAGAGGGCAUGUGGUACCAAUUUCUGCAGAGAAUUUCGCUGAUAGACGAUGUUAGCGUCAGCCAAACAGUGAAUUCAGACAGAACGAAGCGAGUUGAAGUUAACACAUUGAAAUUGGCCCAUUUGAGGGCACCCGGGAACGAGGUUGAUGGCGAGAGUUUGGAAAUCCGAUGGUACCAAAGUGGAAGACAACGACCGGAAUUUAAUGAUCAGUUUGUGAUUAAUGCUGAAGGUGGUGCCUGGACUGUUGCAGUGAAGUUUAACUCACCAGAGGUCAGACAUGAUCCGAAUGGUCUGUUGCAUGAUUCUGAAAGUUUUUCAGUCACAUUCCCAGUGAAUUCAACAAUGCCAGUGGUUCCGUCUUUGUAUGAACAUUAAAGUUUAACACUGAGCAA